CGAAGAGCUGCCAAGACCCACCUGCCACCUCCGAUGGACUUCGCCGGCCGGGUAUCCGUCCUGCUCUUCUUCCUGGUCGCUCGCACUGUAGCAAACGACCAGAUCUUCACCACUUCAGGUUUGCCAUUUGGGCGAAGUUCGCGUGAGCCAAGGUACCGCGUCGAGUUCCAUCCUGUUGAUUCGCCAUUCCAUCCAGAGAAUGGUCAGGAAUCGGUACCAAUGGCUAGUCAUGAGGGGAAGCGUUAUAAGUGCUUUCUACCAGUUGAAGAAACUAAAACCAUGAAGUCAAUGCUCCCACAAAAUGCAACUAAUAUUAUAAUAGAAAGUGAAAGGAGAAUUAAGCCAAAGGAGCCAGAUGAGUUACUUGAGGUUCUCAAGGAUCAGUGUUUCUACAGGCACGAAGGUUGGUGGUCGUAUGAAUUCUGUUAUUAUGGGAAAAUCAGACAGGUCCAUGUAGAGGACGGUAAGGUUAUCCAAGAAUUUGUUCUAGGCGAAUUCGAUGACGACGCGACUGCUGCAUACCAUGAAAAUAGCACCUCUGAGUUAGCUGACGAUGACCAUCACGUGAAAGAUAUAUCUAAGAGGUAUCAUGUUCACUUGUAUACAAAUGGGACUGUAUGUGAUCUCACAGAUAUUCCCCGGGAGACAGAGGUUAGAUUUGUCUGCUCGGAGCCUACUGUGCUGAUUAGUUCAGUCAAGGAGAUCUCUUCCUGCAAAUAUGUUGUAACAAUUCAAAGCCCGAUGCUUUGCAAAAACCCGUUGUUCCAGCAAGAAAAACGAACCCUUCCCAUCCAUUGCAAUGAAUUACCUGCUAAAGCAGAAUCCGGUGCUGAGGAUGGUUUGCUUCCAAAAGAAGCGCAGAUUUCCAUCAUCCCCGAUCAGGAUGAGCUGCAUGGUUUUCCAGCUUAUGCUACUUGAUAUAAUGAUAUGCCUUCAAUAUUUAUUUCUGGUGUAGAAAAAGCACAGUUUUGGAGGCCCAGUGGCAACUGAGCAACGCUAUGUAUUACUCUCUCCGUUCUUUUUUAUUUGUCGUGGUUUAGUUCAAAAAUUACGACAAAUAUUGGAGAACGGACCCAUAGAUCCUACAGCAGCGGCUCCUUGUAAAGCAGGUUGAGACGAUCAUUCUGCAGUGCUAAUUAUUUAGGAGGAUUACGAAGGUAGAAAGUUUCUCAGUAUUAGUAAAUGUAACAAGUUUGAGACAGUAACAUUUGCUUGAAAUGUCUAGUCUAUAACAAGGACAAUACUGCAUUCUUG